ACGUCAACGUCAUUCAAUUCAAGAAUGGUUAAAAAAGUUAACAACUGGGCCUGGCCUCUAACUCGACUCAGUUUUUACGCGAAGAAACCUUGAACAAACAAGUAAUUGAUCGAGUGAAUCAGAUAAUAAGUACUCCAACCUCAUACCUCCAUUAAUAGUCAUAGUUUCACUCAGUAAUGAUAGAAAUACUGCGAGCGGAACAUCGAUGAUCUCGUAUCAAAACUAUUGAAGUUUUAUGAGGAACUCUACGGCUACACAAACUACGGUAUGGAGACACCAACCCCAACAACUACUCCAGGGGACUGUUUUCAAAAUGUGUUUCAGCACAUGGACUCUCUAUCAUCACCAUGUGCUGACUCUGACUUUGACGAGAGUCUUGCAGUGCCGGAGUCCCUCUCAGUGAUUGAUUUGGAGAAACACAAAGAAGAAACAGAUGCAAGUGCCCCACAAGCUACCUCAGUGCCAUACAGUAUUAUACACGCGCCGCCUAUCAAAUUCAAUUCGGUGCACAGGAAAGUGUUCAUUCCGGGUGUUGAAAUAAAGGUCAGAUUCGAGGAGAACGAGAGAAGCGUUACUACACAUUUACUCAAUCCUAAUUUAUACACAAUAAGUCUUGAACAUGGCGACUUCACGUGGAAGAUCAAAAAGCGUUACAAACACAUCCUGUAUCUACACCAACAACUGUCCUUAUACAGGGCGUCCCUAAAAAUACCAUUCCCAACCAAAACGCACAAGUCGAGACGAGCCAGUUUUAAAAAUACGUACGAAAGUGAGGAAAAAGCAGAAAGAGUGGCGCUUGAAGCCGUGGCGAGGAAGAACUCGAAUAAACGUCGUGAAGCAAGACCUCGGAAAAGAAAAGGUGCAUUGCCUAGGUUUCCUAAGAAACCAGAGGUAAUGGUGACAUACGAAGGGAUACAGUUACGGAUGAAGCAACUCGAGGAAUAUUUGUUUAAUCUACUCAAUAUCUCUAUUUAUAGAAAUCAUCAUGAAACAGUGAAAUUCCUGGAAGCGUCUCAUCUGUCCUUUAUCUCGGAUCUGGGCCCAAAAGGCAAAGAGGGGAUGGUUCAGAAACGCACCGGCUCAACCCGCCCCGGGCAGGCGGGGUGCAACUGCUUCGGUCUACUCGGAAAUAUGGUGUGUGUCAGGUGUAACUAUUUCUGCACCGGGCUAGUGUGUGCAAAGUGGCAGGAGCGAUGGUUCUUUAUCAAGGACACGUUUUUCGGCUACAUCCGACCGAGUGACGGCAUCAUCAAAGGUGUUAUGCUGUUUGAUCAGGGGUUUGAAGUAUCAAGCGGCAUGUAUUCAACGGGUCUCAGUAACGGACUGCAAAUACUAAACAACAGCAGACAAAUGGUCAUCAAAUGCUGGACCAAGAGGAAAAGCAAGGAGUGGAUGCAAUAUUUGAAAACUGUUGCUAACCAAUCUGCGCGAGAAUUCACCCAGCCAAACGUGCACCAGUCGUUCGCGCCGCCGCGGGCUGGUACUCCAGUCGGUGCGCUGGUAGACGGCUCCGCGUACCUCUCCGCUGUGGCCGAUGCGAUGGAGCUGGCCCGGGAGGAGAUCUUCAUAGCCGACUGGUGGCUCAGCCCAGAAAUAUACAUGAAGAGGCCCGCCUUGAAUGGAGAUUAUUGGAGAUUGGACACCAUUUUGAAACGGAAGGCGGCGCAAGGCGUGAAGGUGUCCAUAAUGCUGUACAAGGAGGUGGAGAUGGCACUCGGUAUCAACAGUUUCUACAGUAAAAGUAGAUUAGCUAGUGAAAACAUUAAGGUAUUCAGACAUCCGGAUCACGCGAAAGUGGGCGUGUUCUUCUGGGCGCAUCACGAGAAGAUAGUCGUGGUGGAUCAGACUGUCGCGUUUGUGGGCGGCAUCGACCUGUGCUAUGGCCGCUGGGACGAUCACAGGCACAGACUGACGGACCUCGGCAACAUAGCGCAACCGAAGACGUCUAUAAAAUCGAAGAAGAUCACCUCCAGCUCGCCCGGCGCCGGCCUGUACCUGCCACAGACCAACGGCAUAGAGGCGGCACUCGAGUUAGCCAAAUCAUCCAGAGACGUUGUUAUAGGACUUAAUAUACCAAUAGAAGAAGACUUACAAGUGACCAAUGAAGCAGAAUCAAAAGAAGUAGAAGACAUUCCAAAACCUGAAUCUCUAGUAUUAGAACCCGAAGACCAACUGUUGCAACAACUUGGCACACCAACUGAGACCAAAGUUGACGGUUUUGAACAGAAACGUAAUGUUAUAGACAAAAUAACUGUUAGAGGGAAAGAGUUCAUAAGCAUCAUCUACCCACCGUACGAAGAAGAACUGAAUGAACAGAAAUUUGACGAUUCUGAAAGGAAAAAGGCGGAAAAGUACGCGAGGUCUAACGAUGAAGUGUUACUAACCGACGCUUUAGGUAUCAAACAUAGGUCGAUCACCGAACCUGCCCCCCUAGCGCAAGUGGUCGAAGGCAGAGUGAUCACUGAAACCACCAAAAAGGCUUUGGAAGAUGUUGAAGGGAACUCCAAACUGUGGAUAGGAAAGGACUAUGUUAACUUUAUUGUUAAAGACUUUAAUAAUUUGGAUCUGCCAUUUGUAGACUUAGUGGAUAGGAACACAACGCCCAGAAUGCCGUGGCACGACGUCGGCGUGGUCGUGCAAGGAGCAGCCGCGCGAGACGUGGCCAGACAUUUCAUACAGCGGUGGAAUGCUAUCAAAUUGGAAAAAGCCAGACAGAACGUAAACUACCCGUACCUAUUACCAAAAUCAUACACCGACAUCAAGCCAUUGCAAGACUUGGACAAACUGCUACCCUUCGAUAUGGUCAAUGCCUCGUGUCAGGUCCUUCGCAGCGUGUCGUGCUGGUCGUGCGGCUUCCUGGACCCCGACACGGUGGAGCAGAGCAUCCACGAGGCGUACGUGGACACCAUCAAUCGCGCGCAGCACUACGUCUACAUCGAGAACCAGUUCUUCAUCACGCUCUCGCGCACCAGCCAGACUGUGAGGAAUCAGAUCGGAGAAGCACUGUAUAACCGUAUAAUGCGAGCGUACCGCGCCAAGGAGAAGUUCCGAGUGUUUGUUGUGAUGCCGCUGCUGCCCGGCUUCGAGGGCGAGGUGGGCGGGCCCUCGGGCACCUCGCUGCACGCCGUCACGCACUGGAACUAUCAGAGCAUAUGCAGGAGUCGUGAAGCAAUCAUCACCCGUCUGUACGAGGCGGGUGUCCCCGACCCGUCCGAGUACAUCACGUUCCACGGCCUGCGCACGCACUCGGUGCUGGACGGCGAGCCGGUCACCGAGCUGGUGUACGUGCACUCCAAGCUGCUGCUGGCCGACGACAGGUUCCUCAUCUGCGGCAGCGCCAACAUCAAUGACAGGAGCAUGAUCGGGAAGCGGGACUCGGAGAUCGCUGUGCUUUUGCAGGAUGAACAGUUCGACGAUGGUGUCAUAAACGGCAAGCCGUACCCCUGCGGGCGCGUGGCGGGGGGACUGCGCAAGCGACUGUUCCGGGAGCACCUGGGGCUCAUGGACGAUGACGUCAGCAGACUGGGCGUGGGCCUGGACGACCCCUGCUGCGACAGCUUCUACAGAAACGUGUGGAAGGCCACCUCUACGCGAAACACGGAGAUAUAUGAGGAGGUUUUCAAUACGAUACCAACGGACGCAGUGCACACAUUCGCCGAACUGAAGAAGUAUCAAGAGGAGCACAGCCACACUCUGUGGCACACGGACCCGGCGCUGGCCAACAGGAAGAUAGACCUCAUCCAGGGCUUCGUGGUCGACAUGCCGCUGGACUUCCUGUGCAACGAGACACUUACUCCGCGGAACACGUCCAUGGAGGGUAUGAUGCCGACGAGUUUGUGGACGUAGACGCAUCUCUUAUUGACCAUAAACAAUAGAUAAAACGACAAAGAGAAAAUAAAAUAAUCGGUAUAAAUAUAAUUUAAAAAAUAGUUGCGCUGGAAUAUUUUGACUUUGCCACUUGUCGUUAUUAACUUAUUUACGGCUCACUGCUGAGCUUGAGUCUCCUCUCAGAAUGAGAGAAUUUAGACCAAUAGUCCACCACACUGGCCCAAUGAGAAUUGGCAGACUUCACACACGCAGAGAAUUAAGAAAUUCUCUGGUGUGCAGGUUUCCUCACGAUGUUUUCCUUCACCGUUUGAGGCACGUGAUAUUUAAUUUCUUAAAAGUGGAUGCACAGUCAGCGUACAAAGAACGUCCCCACUUAAUGAGUGCCAAACACAACUUCUUGGCACUCAAUUCAAGCAGUCGCAUUUGCAAAUUCUACCUCGUUAAAUUCUCCUAAGUUAAAAUUGCUCUUAAUUUGGGAUAUUAUUGUAUUCGUAUUAUAUUUAAAAGUGUUUAGGUAUAAUUUUCUUUACCAAUAAUUCUAAAACUGUCAUAAGCAAAAUUGGCCAGUUUUUAAGUGAAAUGUUCUAUAUGAUUGUGCGUCCUUUUAUUAUAUGAGGUCAAUAAAAGUUGGUCACUUUCGUGACGAUGAAAUAUUUUCAAUUCUGCCGCUAUUGGUCAACACUAUUUCUCCCAUUAUGUAAUAAAAUACAUUGUUGACGUACGCGUAAGCGUACAGAUUAUGAUUGGAUUUACUCGUAUUUUGUCAUUUAGAUUAGAAAUAACCUCUACAAAUACGUCCAAAAGCCUACAUUCUGACAUUUUAUAAAUGCUACUUUAUGGUGCUUUAAUUUUUAGAUGUUUUUAUAAAAAAACUUUUUUUUAUUCUAUUACACAUCGAUUUUAUUUAUUAAAUUUUCGAUAUUUUAUCAUGUUGUCUACUUAAAUUUAUAAAGAAUGCUUAUUAUUUAUGACAAUAUUAAAUUUAUAUUAGAUUUUAUAAUAUGUUAAAUUAUGACAAUACGUAUUCAUUACUUAUCCUAGCUUUUAAUACACAUUCCGUUCUUUGUUCUAUCUACCUCCGUAAUUAAAACUUAUUUUAAUUUUGAUACUUAUUUAGUAAAUACCAAUUAUAAGUGUAAAAGUUAUUAUUAUAUUCAAUAUUUUUAUGACAGUGUAAAACAAUUUGGCCAGAAGACAGUGUUUUUGUAAUAUAAAAUAUAAAAUAAUGAAUUAAUAAAUUAUUUUGUAAUAAAAAUACGAAUGAUUUAAAAUGACAUACAUAAUGUUUACAUGGAGAAAAUGAUUUUCAAUAAAUAAAACUAUUUUAUGAGAUUAUAUUGUUAACUUUAAUUUACAUAUUCAUAAUAAUAAUUUAUGUUGUGUUACAUUUUAUAGAGAUUAAGUAGAAAAUAAUGUAAUUAAGAUAUAAAAUGAUGAUCAAAUAAUUAUCUUUCAAGGUAAUAAUAUUUAAAUACCAUUUAUUACUUGUAUGUUAAACACAAUAAAGGUUAUACGUUACAUCACAACUAUGUUACAAUAUUUCUUAUUAAACACUAGCGGAACUCCGCGGUUGCAUCGGCGUAGUUCCCAAUCUCAUGAAAAUACAAACAAACAAAUCUUACCUCCAUAUAAUAUUGAUUAGAUAUGAAAAGUUUGCCAUCAGUUUCGUAAUAGUAGGGGAGCCUGGGGUGCUAAGUUAUUUGUUUUUAAAUUUUGUAGAUUAGAUGAUAGAAAGAAUAAAUGGUUAUAUACGUUAUGAAAAAUGCAGACUUUAAAGACAAUAGGGAUGAUGACAGUUUUUUAAAUUGUAUAUAAAUUAAGAGUAUACUAAUAGCAAAGCAAUUUUGUAAAAGGAACAGGGUAUCUGCGAUCAUUACUUUCGGAGCUACAGGGAUUUAAAGAGUCAGAUUUGCGGCGCUGCCGCGGAUCCCUGAAAAACGCCCCAUACAAAAUGGCUCGAAAUAAUGACGUCAUAGGCAAUGUAAUGAUCGUUAGAUUUGUAUGCGCGUUCAAACAAAAUUACUAAUAUCUUUGUGAUUUGUGCGUUUAUGCUCAUAGUUCAUAUAUUAAAAAAUGUCACAUUUAAUGUAAGGAAGCUAAAACUGUAUGAAUUUUCAUCUAAAUACGGUAAAAUAUUUUUAAUAGUUUUUGAAAUUUUAUAAUCUCAUUUAUUUUGUAAAUAUCCAGACAAUCUUUGCUUUUUAUGUAUAAAUUAGUUAACAUUGACCCUAUUUACCCGAAUGUAUCAUAAAAAUCAAUAUAUUCAAACCUAGUCAUCAUCCCCAUUCUUAUUACUUUGGCUUAUUGAAAUCAUCAGAAAACAAGCGAUUAAUCAGGAGAUUAUUUCAUUCAAAAUAAGUAAAAAACUAACCGCUAUCGUGGCUCGAUAACCGAAAUAUAAAUUUUAUUUUGUAACUUUGGAACCUUCCCAUUCCAUUACGUUACGCUCAAAUCGUCGUACUCUCAAAAUGGACACCUUUUAGCUAUCAACUCACCUACCUUAUCUUAAUCUGACGUGCUGGUUGAGUAUUUCAGAAGUUAGUUUUUUUUGGUUGCCCUAAUCGCACCCACUAACUUAAGGGCACUACUUUGUGGAGGUACUGAACAACAUGCAAGGUGCCGCGCUCGAGUAACUGCAAAAAAUCCCUCUUCGGCUCCCCUACUAUAAUCUGUGCCCUAGGAUAAACGAUAAUAGACGAAUAGUUAGUGAAAAGCACUUUGAAAGGUUUUAUAAAAUAACAUCUGAAUUAUUUUUCGAAAAGCAUCUCAAUUUGA